GUCAUGUCAAGACCCUUUUCGCGUCGUCGUCGUCGUCUCCUCCAUAUUUUCCCUCUUAAGCAAAAGCCCACGGAGUCAGGCUAGAUACAUCUGACAGUCUAACUCCGUAUAUUACGUCGUUCCAGGGGUUGCACAGCCAAGCUCACGACCAGGGAUCUCUUAUCUCUGUCCCGCCUGAACCGGAAUCGCGCCCUUUUUCUCUCACAUUCUCAAUCUCAGCCGUGCACACUCUCAACACCAAUUGCACCCCCUGCCUGGAUCUCUUAUCUUUUGAGUCUCUUCCUCCCUUCUUCCUACUUUACUGUUGGCCCAGAAUGUCACUAUCACUUCCGCUGUCACGCAGUGCAACCUUCUUGACCUUGUCACAUCAUCCCUCUUUAUCGACGUUGGCAUUUCUAUUUCUAUAUCACUCCUCCCAAGUCAGAACCGGCGUCAUGGCUAUGGGAGGUGAUGGUGAUGCUCGAGGAGCAACGCAGCUCAAAUAUAACGGUACAGGCGCAACAGGUGCUAACCCGCUCGAUAUGGAUGUCAAUAUCUGGUACGAGCCUGGUGAUAUCGCCUGGAUGCUCUCGGCCACGGCUCUAGUGCUGUUAAUGAUUCCUGGCGUUGGCUUCUUCUAUUCAGGUCUCGCCCGUCGCAAAUCGGCUCUGUCGCUUAUAUGGCUCUCAGUAAUGAGCGCCGCGGUGACAACUUUCCAAUGGUUCUUCUGGGGCUUCUCUAUCACCUUCUCGCAUACGGCCGGCCCGUUUAUCGGUGACCUUGCCAACUUUGGCUUCCGCGAUGUCCUGGCCCGGCCCUCGGUUGGUUCCGCACAUCUCCCCGAUAUGCUCUUCGCCGUUUACCAGGGCAUGUUCUCCGCCCUAACUGUGGCUCUCGCUACCGGUGCCGUCGCCGAACGUGGCCGCAUGCUCCCCUGUAUUAUCUUCACCUUCGUGUGGGCCACUGUCGUGUACGACCCCAUUGCCUGCUGGACCUGGAACCCCAGUGGCUGGUCUAACAAGAUGGGCGGCCUCGAUUUUGCUGGAGGUACCCCUGUGCACAUCGCUUCUGGAAGCGCUGCUCUGGCUUAUUCCAUGAUGCUGGGCAAGCGUAGUGGCCAUGGAACGCAUGAGCUCAACUACCGCCCUCACAAUGCUACCCAUAUCGUGACCGGAACAGUCUUUCUUUGGGUUGGAUGGUUUGGCUUCAACGCCGGCUCUGCCCUCUCUGCUAACCUUCGCGCCGUAAUGGCCGCCGUCGUAACUAACCUUGCUGCUUGUGUCGGUGGCAUGACCUGGUGUCUCUUGGACUAUCGUCUGGAGAGGAAGUUUUCCACUGUCGGUUUUUGCUCUGGUGUUGUUGCUGGUCUCGUCUGCAUCACUCCUGGCUCUGGUUACGUCCCCCCAUGGGCUGCUGUCAUCUUUGGGGCUGUCGGCGCUGCUGGCUCCAACUAUGCGACCAAGGUGAAGUUCCUCCUUGGAAUUGAUGAUGCACUCGAUAUCUUCGCCGUCCACGGCAUUGGUGGUUUGAUCGGUAAUAUCUGCACCGCCUUCUUCGCCACCCCCAGCAUCGCUGCUCUCGACGGCUACUCUCACAUCAAGGGCGGUUGGGUCGAACGUCACUGGGCGCAGAUGGGUUAUCAACUUGCCGAUUCCAUCUGUGGAGGCCUAUACUCAUUCGUCGUCACUUGCAUCAUCCUAUUCCUGAUGAACCUCAUUCCCGGUCUCCGUCUUCGAGUCGAUUCGGAUGCAGAAGUUCAGGGUAUCGACGACGCUGAGAUCGGAGAGUUUGCAUAUGACUACGUUGAGCUUACUCGCGAAGUCGUCAGCGACAUCGACAACGAAUCCGGAAGCCGAUACUCGGCUGAUCCUACGGCUUUCCACCAUUACGAAAAGAACCACAUCCCCAUGAUUGAUGCUCGCAUGUUUGGUGGCCAGCCCGCGCAUGCCCCUGUGACGUUUCCACAGUGAGGUUGCUUAUGAUAGGCGGGACGGCUAUAUGUAUUGAGUCAAAUUGUACGCAUCGAACGGCGCCAUGGGUUUGGAAUUGUUGCGUUAUAGAUACCCUGGUUCUUUCCCUGAACCUAUUUUAUUGGAUGAUUUAGUUGUAUAGUACAUGGUUUCAUUGUUGUAUC